AUGGCAGAGGAAGGUCCCAUUCUGGAAGAGCUGAAGGCGCAGGCUCAGUCCUUGGCCUCCAUUCGCCGGACGAGUCAGAGCGCUCCGCUCAUCGACGUGAGCGACACGACGAUGAGCGAGCUUGAUGAGCUUUUGGCCGAUCUGACGCUGGAGCAGCGCGCCAAGCUGCGGCAAGCACUGCAGCUGCUGGAGGCGGACAAAGCGAACGAAAUUCCGCAAGAGCAGCUUGACCUGGCGGAGAGCGCUGUCCAAUGCCAUCGCAGCGAGUUUGUCAUCGAGGAUGUGGUUCGGCAGACCUUUGUGAACGGCGACAAGCUCUUCAGGGCAACACCUUUUGCAGAGGAAGUGCGGCAACAGAUUCCCGAAGUGGACUUUUUGGAGUUGGCCGAACCACGCUCUGCGGUGACGACACUUCCCAGCGUGGUGAAGUGGACUGAAAGCAACUUCCCGGGAUACGUGAAGAUCUUGGGUUCCGUGGUGGAUGACCGUGAGAAACCCUUGAAGGAACGCAAGGUCAUUGGACUGAUCUACGAGGUGGCAGCUGACACGCUGCAAGCUUUGAUUGAAAAAUCCGGAGACCUUCGCAAUGAUCAUCGAAUGUAUUUGGCACUGACCAGCUUCCAAGCAUGGCAUCACAGCUUGUACUAUGGCCCUUGUCUUUCUGUCUUCACUCUUGAAAAUGUGGUUGUGAAGGGCAAUGAGUCGCCAGGGGCGACUCAUCCGUUUUCAGCUCAACUUCGCUUGCAGUUCCCCACUGCUUUGUAUGAAGAAGCCAUGGGCACAGAGACCUUGGACACCAAUGUCCUGCAGUUGGCGGAUGUUUUGUGGUUUGUUUGCCACGGGGAUGCCCAAAAGCUGAAGGAGAUGCCCAGGCAGGAAAAACCCAUUGAUGGUGAGCAGAUGUGGAAGUUCUCCUGCCAGAAAUUCUUGAAGUCACUGUAUGAGCAGCAAAGCAAAAUUGUAACAAAGUCAGAGCAUUUGGUGGUGAAAAUGCAAAGGGAACUUGCAGAAGUCCAGCAGCACUUCUCGGAACUGUGA